GGAUAUUUAGAAAUUUCUUUCUCACUUCCCCCUAUUAAUAUCUGCCCAAACACUCCAUUUCUCCAGUCACCGGCGCCGGCGACGACAUCUAUGAAUUGACCAAAUUACCCUUCUUCUCUUCUACAACAACACCAGAAAAUCGGAAGGACUUAAAAGGUAAUUUUCGCAUGGGCGCAUCAUUGUCCAGCCUAACGGAGAACGAAUCGACGGCCAACGGUAGACCAGGUCUCGGCGAUAUACCGGAAAACUGUGUAGCAUGUGUGUUUAUGUACCUUACCCCACCGGAAAUCUGUAAUCUUGCUAGACUUAAUCACGCCUUUCGUGGAGCUGCAUCUUCUGACUCCGUUUGGGAUUCUAAGCUUCCGUCUAAUUACCACCACCUGCUCGACGUUUUGCCUCAGAGAAUAUACGAAGGUCUUUCCAAAAAAGACAUCUUUGCUUUCUUAUCUCGUCCUGUUCCAUUUGAUGACGGCAAUAAGGAAGUUUGGUUGGAUAGAAUUAGUGGAAGGAUUUGCAUGUCUAUCUCCACGAAAGCAAUGUUGAUAACUAGUGGAGAAGACAGAAGACAUUGGAACUGGUUUCCUACUGAAGAGUCAAGGUUCCAUGUCGUGGCGUAUUGCCAGCAAGUAUGGUGGUUUGAAGUAAGCGGGUCAGUGAAGUUCCCAUUUCCUCCAGAUAUAUACACACUAACAUUUAGGGUUCGCCUUGGGAAAUUUUACAAGAGACUUGGUCGACGUGUUUGCAACUUUGAGCAUACUCAUGGAUGGGAUUUAGGGCCAGUUCGAUAUGAACUGUUUACAUCUGAUGGGCAACAUGCAGUGAGUGAGUACUCCCUAGAUGAUAGCGAUCAAGAUGAUGCAAAUGCAAAUCUAAAGCGUGGCGACUGGAUAGAGUACAAGGUGGGUGAAUUUAUAGUGAGUAGGUCCGACCCUGCUACUGAAGUUAGAUUUUCAAUGAAACAGAUCGAUUGCACACAUUCAAAAGGUGGACUCUGUGUAGAUUCUGUAUCGAUUGCCCCAAGUGAUCUGAAAGCAGGUAGAAGAAAAGGGGUGUCAAAGUAUCAGUAAGUCAUCUGUUUCUAUUUUUUUCCACUGCUCUCAGAAAGUUUUGGUCCUUUGGAAACCUCUCUACAUCUACAAGGUCGGGGGUAACGUCUGCGUACACUCUACUCUUCCCAGACCCCACUUGUGGGAUUUCACUGGGUAUGUUGUUGUUGUCCUAGAAAGUUUUGGUUGGGGUUCCGUUAUGGGGCAUAUACUACCUAAAAACAUUGAUUUCGUGGAGGAUAGUCAUUGCCAUUUUUUGCCGUAGGUAUAUCCCCGUGUCCAUGUAAAUGUUACUAUGUCAUCUUUGGUCCAGUUUUGUUGCAUAGAAUCUCAUCUGCAGAAGAUGAAGAAAAUAUACUUGGCUCAUCGGUCAUUGAUAAUGUAAAGGUUCUGAUAUUAUUUAUGUCAGUACUAUAUUUGAAGCACCCCUGUUCUUGUGUUA